AUGUGUUUGAUUGUUGCAAAUUUAUAUUCUGAAUUAAAGGGACAAAAUUAAAUGAUAUAUGAUUUUAUGCUAAUUCUUACAGUAAUAUUACUUUGAUAAUUUAGUUUACUACAUCCUUUUAGACAAUGAUUAAUUAAAAAGUGAAUUUUGUGCUAUAUUAAAAUCAUUAAUCAGUUUCUUUUUACUAAUAAUAUUAUUAGAGUUAUCUUAAUUAAAGAUUAAAUGAUAAUAAUGUUGUGUAAUAUUUACACAUGCAUAGAUAACAUCAAAUAAAUUGUUUACAUUUGAGAUGUCCAUGUAAAUAGGAUGUUAGAUAGAUAUCAGAUAAAGAGAUUAGCAUAAUUAUAAAUCUAUAUUACAAAAGUUUGUUAUCUAAGAAAUUUUCUGAAGAGUAUAUGCUUUAGUAUAUUUUGAUUUCGAUAGACAUUACGAAUAAUACAAUAUAAGCUCAUUAAACUAUAUUGAAUUAGAAGAAGAAUGUUUAAAAUGGAUAUAUACUAGAAAUCUUUAAUUAUUUAGAAUAAGUUUUGCAGGAGAUAUUGAAAGAGAAAAUACGAUAGAAGUAAAAAGGACAAUUUAUUGAAGAGAUGAGAUUAUUGAAAUAUGAAGGAUUGAUUCUUUAAUAAGAAUUAUAGAAAGUACUUAUAGAGAAAUACAAAUUUUAUGAAUCAUUAAAGUUAAUGAGUAUUUAGAACUUUUAGAAACUUUACAAUUCUUUAUAUAAAUUAAAGGAUAAAAUUUAAAAUUUAAUAAAUAAGAGCAAAGAUUUAUAAAUUUAUGAUAAUAAAAAAUUGAACAAUAUAUUUGCAUUACGUAUAUGUCAUUUGAUAUCUUUUUUGACUCAAAAUCUUAGAGAGUAAAUAGAUAAUUAGAAGAGAAUAAAUGAAAUAAUUUAGAAUGAAAUAUAUAAAGAAGAUGAAUUUACAAAUAUUGCCUUUGCUUCUAAUUUUGCAAUUAGUUUGAUUGCUUCAUUAAAUGAGAUGGAUCCAGGUGAAAUAACAUCUAAGAUAACUCCUAAAUAAUUAUAAUUUUUAGAAUUAGAUGAAAACUUUGUUUUAAAAUCCAUUUCUCAAAUAUUGCAUGUUUCUUUUAGAAUAUCUCAUCUAAAGUUAAUCGAUUAAUAUUUAUAAAAAGGAAAAUCAAAAAUUAUUGGUACUUAAAUAGACACUAUGAUUAGUACAGAUAUCAAUACAAUUAUUCCUGUAAAAAUGAUUCUAUUUCCCUAUUUUCCUAAAUAAAAUUUAAAUAAAUAUUAAUUAAUUACUUAUCUGUACAAAAUUAAAUAGAAAAAUAAUACCAUCAUAUUGUUGGAUUAUAAUUUUAAUCUGAUGUGUUCAGAUAACAGAUUUAAAUAACUUAUAAAUCAGUAUUAAUUGUAACUAAAAUAAAUUAACGUAUUUUAAAUGAUACCCUAAUUAAGAGAAAAUUUAAUUUAAUUUCAUAGUUCAGAAAAUAAUUUAAAACCUCUUUACUUUUAAAAUCAAUUAAUUUAAAUUAUAAGUAGAUUUAAUCGAUACUUAAAUAGUAAGGCAUGUAGUGUAUGUAAAAAUUUGAAUCAUUCUUAAUAAUUAUAAAAAUUAGAAUAAUUUAAUUAUUCUUCUUAUAAUUCUAUUUCUGUAGAUAAAAUUUCAUAAAUUGAUUAUGAGAUUUCUCUGUAAAAUAUUUAUUAUGAAACUGAAGAUGGUCCUGAAUACUAUAUUUAUUAUAGAAUUGUUAUAGAUUUAUCUUAAUUUGAAAGUGAAUAAAAGUCAACGAAACAUGAUGAUCAUGAAUACAAUAAGAAAGAGUAUAUCAAUAAGUAAAUAUUUGUUUAUUAAAUUUAGAAAAACUAAAAGCAAAUAACAUUUAAAUGAUAAUAUUGUGAGAUCAAUACAUUCUAGAUAGAGCACAGCAACUAUUGUUAAAUCAUCAGAUGAUUUAUUAGUUUAUCUAUCUUAGAGAGCACUUCCAACAGAAAUGAAAUAAUUUAUAGCUCUUUCUUUAGUCAAUAUGUGUAUUUCUAUAGUUGGAUUGGUUCUUAUUUAUAUAUUAUUAUUGUAAAAAAGAAAUUAUUAGGAUGUUUGCUUUAAUAGAUUAUUUUAUGGGACAGAAUUUUUAGAUUAUUAUGGUUUAAUUUUGAAAGGUAGCAGACAUACAGUGUUUUAUAGAGAUUUUAAUAAUUUUAUUCCUUAUAACUAAACUAUUGAUAUUGAUCAAGAUAGUUAGGUUUAAAUAACAACAAGUGAUAAAAUUGAAUUUACCCUAUGGCUUUACAAAGAAAAUUGUUAGAAUCUAAUAAAUUUAUAUGAAAAAUAUAAGACUGUCUUAAAUAGUUAUUAAGAAGAGAAGCUAAUAAACUUUAAAUUUGUAGAUUAUCAUGUUUAUACAGUGAAAUAAUAGGUGGUAUAAACAUAGGCAGCCUAUUAUGAAAUAAUGAACUAAUUAUUUUAUUUGGCAAUUAAAACCUUUGCUGGUGAUCCUUCUCUUUAUUUAAAAGGUACUCUUGAUACCUUUGCAUAAAUAAAUACUAGAUCUAUUUUAUUUUUGAAUUUUAAUGAUGUUUGUGAGAUAACCUAAGAAUUUAUAGAAGUUUGUCUUUAAAAUAGUCAGGAAUAUAAUAAUUCAUUUGAUAAUUAAGUAUAGAUUAUUUUCUAUAUCUUUUAUAUUGGAAUUCUGGUAUUUUAUUUUAUUUUAAUAAUGACUCUUGCAAGGAUAAUAUAUAAAAUUAAAUAGAUUUUACAAAUUUUUUAGAGAUUAGAUAAUCGUGAUAUAGAAGAGGAAUUGUAAAGAUUAGAAUUUGUUGGUUAGAAUGUGAAAAACGAAGAAUUUUGGUUUAACAGUAAAUUCUUUUAGAGUUUUUAUGAAAUGAGUUAAGAUUUACAAAAAAGUUAAGGUUAAGUAUCUUAAAAUAUAAAAUUGGAUGAUCAAUUCAAUUUGCCAAUGUAUUACAUAAUGUAAACAAUAGUAUUUAUUUUGUUAAUAAUAUAUUUUGUAAUAUUUUAAAUUCAAUACAAUAGCUAUUCAAAUUAGAUAAACCCAAUAGUAAAUAAAGCAUUAUCAGGAAUAUAAGUAAGAUUACAUUUCAUAAAAUUUAUAAAUAAUUGGGAUUGUUAUAAUUUUAAGACUUUCUACAAUAAUUAUAUAGAAGUGAAUAAAAAUACUGGAAAUAUCAAUGGUAAUAUUAGAGGCAAUAAUAAAAUUCUGUAAUUAUUAGAAUUAAAUCAAAGUGAGAUAAUACAAUCUUACUUUGAUUUGAUUUAAGAACCAUUCACAAUAAUAACAAUAGAUUUGCCAGAUAAUGAGAGAACUUCUUUAUUGUUAGAAGAUAUUUGUUUAAUUAAGGGUUGUAAUGUAGAAAAUGAAUUAUUUAAGGAGAGAUUUCUUGUUGAUGAUUUGAGUAAGUUUUUUGAUGUUGGAUUAAUCUAAUUGUAUUAAUAAACAUUUUCUGCUACAUAAAAUUUGGGAUUUAAUAAUGAAAAUGAGACAAAAUUAGAAUUUCUGAAUAAUUUUUUGGAUGCACUUUAUUCUAGAGAAUAUUUUAUGUAUAUAUUUUGGGGUUUGGAUGCAACAAAUUUUUAAUUGAGAUUAUUUUCUGAUUAUUUUAUUGAAAUAGCCAAAGAUGAAUUGACUUCUUAAACUGAAAUUAUCAUAUUCUUAUUAUUUAGUUUAGGCAUUUUUAUAUCAUUAUUAUUGUUUAGUAUAAAUGGAUUAUUGAUCUAGUAAAUAAUGAGUAAUUAUUUUUCAAUAAGAUUUUCAUUAAGAUUUAUUCCAAUGAAAGUAAUGAUCAAUAAGAAUAUAAUCAAGUAGAUUAAAUUAAUAAUUUGA